CGUAAAAUGUCAUAAAUCAUGACAACAAAGAAAAUAAUUAUCCCAUAACAAAUUAUAGUUGAUUUAAUAAUAGUUUGACUUUAAUAUAAUUUAAAAUUAAAGUAUUGUCUAAUUUGAUUUUAAAAAUUAGAAACGGAUACGGAUAUAUCCGAUAUCCGACCGAUAUCCGACGGAUGCGGAUACGGUUUUGAUUUUCAGUAUCCGUCAAGAUCCGUAUCCGAAUUCGAUAUCCGACAAAAAUAAACGGAUACGGAUUUGGAACACACAAAUACAUAAUGAAUGAAAACCUCUCAAAUACCACUAAGAAACACUAUAGACUUGCGGAACUUCCUGGUCACCAACAUCCUCCAGCCAUGGGACAGCACCUGGUAUUCGGAUGGUAUACAGUACCUGGUAGAGCUCGUCCCGGAACGGUAUGUUGCCGACUUUGGAUCUGUUGUACGGCGACGACGGGCACUUCGAGGUGUAGAUGCUGAGGAAUCCCCGCUCCACUCGGGCAUCUCCGUGCCCGAUCGGCUGCAAUUUGUUCUGCGUGUUCUCGUACCACUCCGUCGGCGUCACCGUCCCCCGCCACGCGACCGCGAUGUCCCUCCGCCCGAUCUGCCGCGUCUCCUCGUCGUCGCUCACGGCCACGAAUCCGAUCCAAUUCGAGUCCUUGCUCCAUCUGUUGACCCGUCGCUGGGGAUUUCUCUGGGAUUGCUUGUUUAAUUUUGGGACUCUAGGUCUGCAGGGGAGAUAGAGGGUGGGGAUGACCGGAGAAGAUGAAGAACCGUGCAGGAAGAAGAGAGAAAGAUCCGAUAGAUUUGGAGUCCAACAAAAUCCCUAGGCUUUUGGUUGGAU